AUGUCUUCUUCAUUCAACACUUCGACCCCGUUGUUUGUCGAGAAAUUCCUUAACGAACAGACCAAAGAGUUCCUUGCUACUAAUCAGCAUAUCAGCUACAUCUACAACGUAUAUCAAACAGCAUCAUGGUUUCAAAUUGCCGUUGUUACGAUAUUGGGUAUUUUACUCUACGAUCAAAUCAGGUAUCAACUAAAUAAAGGAUCAAUUGCUGGUCCCAAAUUCAAAAUAUGGCCUAUUAUCGGUCCAUUUUUAGAGUCAUUGGAUCCUAAAUUUGAGGAAUACAAGUCCAAAUGGGAUAGCGGUGAAUUGAGUUGUGUUUCAAUUUUCCAUAAAUUUGUUGUUAUUGCUUCAAGCAGAGACUUGGCAAGAAAGAUUUUAUCUUCUCCCAAAUACGUUAAGCCAUGUGUUGUUGAUGUUGCAGUUAAGAUCUUGAGACCUUCUAAUUGGGUGUUCCUCGAUGGAAAAGCACACACCGACUACCGUAGAUCAUUAAAUGGAUUAUUUUCACAAAAGGCAUUGGAGAUUUAUAUCCCAGUGCAGGAAAAAUAUAUGGAUAUUUACUUGGAGAAAUUUUGCAAAUAUAAAGAACCAAGAGAGUUUUUCCCAGAGUUUAGAGAAUUGUUGUGUGCAUUAUCCUUGAGAACAUUUUGUGGUGAUUACAUUACCGAUGACCAGAUCUCUUUGGUUGCUGAUAAUUACUACAGAGUAACUGCUGCGUUGGAAUUGGUUAACUUCCCCAUUAUUAUCCCAUAUACAAAGACAUGGUACGGGAAAAAGAUUGCUGAUGAUACUAUGAAGGUUUUUGAAAAUUGUGCUGCUAUGGCAAAGGUUCACAUCAAUGAAAAGGGCGGUUCGCCAACUUGUGUUAUGGAUGAAUGGAUUCAUUUGAUGAAGGAUGCCAGAGAAAAACAUUCCAGUGACCCAGACUCAAAAUUGUUGAUUAGAGAAUUUUCCAAUAGAGAAAUCUCAGAAGCCAUUUUCACUUUUUUGUUUGCUUCACAGGAUGCAUCGAGUUCUUUGGCUUGUUGGUUGUUCCAGAUUGUUGCUGAUAGACCGGAUGUUGCUGAAAAGAUUAGAGAAGAACAAUUACGUGUUAGAAACAAUGAUCCUAAUGUAUCUCUCAGCUUGAGCUUGAUUGAUGAAAUGAAGUAUACCAAUAAUGUUGUUAAGGAAAGUUUACGGUAUAGGCCACCAGUCUUGAUGGUUCCAUAUGUUGUGAAACAACCAUUCCCAGUUACUGAAAAGUAUACUGCACCAAGAGGCUCGAUGAUUAUACCAACAUUGUAUCCAGCAUUGCACGACCCAGAAGUCUACGAUGAUCCAGAUACUUUUAUCCCAGAAAGAUGGGAGAACGCCUCUGGUGAUAUGUACAAGCGUAACUGGCUAGUAUUUGGAACAGGACCCCAUGUUUGUCUUGGUAAGAAUUAUGUCUUGAUGUUGUUUACUGGUAUGUUGGGUAAAUUCGUGAUGAAUGCUGAUUUGAUUCACCACAAGACAGCUUUGAGUGAGGAAAUUAAGGUUUUUGCUACAAUCUUUCCCAAAGAUGAUUUGAUAAUGGAGUGGAAAAAGAGAGAUCCAUUGGCCCAGUAA